ACCACCGAACGCCGGAUUGAGCCCGUGAGACACGCAACAGCUAAACUUGAUUGCUCGAAUAACUACAGAGUAUUCCGUGUCGUACGGAAUAGUUCCCGAUGGACAAUUCAGUUCGUGUAACCGUCGGUGAUCGGGGCCCGUAGCGUCCGGUACUUAUCGGUCGGGCAGAGAGGUCACGUAUAAAUAGACACUAUGUGCGUACCUCGACCUAUAUAUAACUGUUUCUAGGGUACAUGCUCAGUGGACCAUCAAUCUCUACUACUUAUAAAGAGUAUGGCUCAAAUCAGACGACUUCCCCCGUCCCUAACGACAAAAACUACUCUGUUCUCCACGCUUGCUGUCUUCGGCAUUGGCGUAUAUUGCGCUCGAUCCUAUCUCCUUCCCCAGGCUCACGCGGAAUCGGACGAGUCGCCCGUUAUGUUCUCCGGGUUCGGGUUUACGACUCUGCGCGUGCAGAGUGUCAAGGCUGUGAAUCAUAAUACGAAGCGGCUUGUGUUUGAGUUUCCAGACAAGAAUGCCAGGAGUGGGUUGUCGUUGACUUCGGCACUACUUACCCUCUCCCGACCAACUGGCCGGUGGCUACCCGUUAUCAGACCAUACACCCCAAUCGGUGAUCUGAACCAACAAGGUUCCCUGGAACUAAUGGUAAAACAAUACCCCAACGGGAAAGCAAGCACACACAUCCACUCCCUUGUCCCCGGGGACACUCUCACCUUCCUCACAGCCCUCAAGGGUUUCUCCUGGGUUCCGAACCAAUACCCCCAGAUCUACGCUAUAGCCGGCGGAGCCGGCAUAACCCCCAUCUACCAGCUUAUCCGGGGGAUUUUGGAUAACCCGAAUGAUAAGACAAAGAUCAAGCUCGUGUUCGGGGUGAAUAGCGAGCAGGAUUUGCUGCUCAGGGAGGAACUGGAAGAGUAUAAGAAGCGGUUUCCUGAACGGUUUGAGUAUGUUUACACGGUUAGUCGGUUGGAUGGGGAGAAGGAGGGAUUGAGGAAGGGAUAUGUGACCGAGGAGCUUUUGAAGGGGGUUGUUGGUGGGAAGGGAGAGGGUGCGAAGGUGUUUGUUUGUGGGCCGCCUGCCAUGGAGGAGUCGUUGGUUGGGAAGAGCGGGAUUUUGAGUAGACUCGGGUUUGAGAAGGGACAGGUAUAUAAGUUUUAGCCUUUCCCCUCCAUCCUUCUUUACUUUUGUUAUUUUUCCUCGGGGAUACCUGUUUGCAUAGAAUGGUCGUUUGGUGUUUGGGUUUAUGGUAGUCUGUA